AUAAAUAGCACCGAUGGUUUUUGGUUAUAGAAUUCGGUGCCAGGCGGAGCACAAUUCGUCGUUAAAAGUUCAAUUGCAAUACUCCGCGUAACCCACUCGAUCGUCAGUUGUAGUUCUUGACAAGGGCGUACAUACCAACACACAACAGUGUACAGGCACAAAACCGUAUAAAUCCUCAGUGAGUAUAUCCGAAGUAAUAUAUGCGUGAUAUGUCUAGUGACAACACAAUGCCUGAUAAUGAGUGUCAUCGUUGUUCUGCUGGAAAAAAGGAACCUGUAACACGCACGUGUGAUGAACAGAAAGAAGUUCUAUCGUCGGUUGUUGAUGAUUAUUAUCCUUGGGGAAAACCUGGUCAUGGAGCUCCCAACGACGAUGGUCUUCGAAAAAGGAAAAUAUUUGCAGACCCUCCAUCUCCUCCUUGGAAGGAAAUUAGUAAUGAAGUGACAAAAAUGGGAAGGCCCGGUGGCGGUGCGCCUCAAAAGACGUCAUCCGGAAAAAUCAAAAACUUCCGUAUCGAAGAUCCACAACUUAGAUUUCAAUUUCAUGCUCCCGAUAGAAAUAUGGUGGACAAUGAUCUUCGAUAUAGAAUGCCAUUGAAAGACCAGAGAGCAUAUAAGUUAGAAUUAGAUGAAAUGGUCAGGGAAAAACAAGAAAUAGUCGAAGAAAACCGCAGAAAAGAAAUGAUCCUAGAUCAAAAACUGAAUUCGAUCGCAGAUCCCUGGGGUACACCAUGCCCAGGGGGUGUUAUUUGGAGAGAUCCAAAAAGUAUUGGAAAAAACUUCUUUCGAUCGUUGGGAUAUGUGGAUGGAAAGAUAUUAAAAUUGGGAUCACAUCCAAACGACAAUAAAGAAAGCACUGAAGAUAUUGAAGCAGUUACGGGUGGUGUAGAGUUAGCUCCGUUACUUGCGUCAAGAAGAAGACAAGACAGUAAAUGGCCUUUGCACACAAGUGAUGUAACGAAAAUAUAUGAUCCUAAAUCAAAUUUCUUGAUCGAUGAAAAAGAAUAUCAUAAGUUUCUCGAAAGACAAAUAAGUGGACGUGAAAGACGCAAACAGCACGAGCAACAAGAAGAUAUACAAGAAGGACAAAAGCACCAUGAAAAUUGGAAUGAGUUUUGGGGUAGACCAGGUGGUGGAGCACCAAAAGGAACAACGAGACAAAAAGAAAAUCUAGAGUAUAUGCUCUAUCAACUUCCUAUAAUUAAUAGGUUAAAAGAAAAAGAAGAGAGAAAAAAUUGCGGUGAUUGCAAAAAAAUCACCUGAAAAAAUAAAUCAACUUUUUACAGUUUAUCUCGUUUAUAAUAUUCAGUUGUAGUCGUCCACAAUGGGAAUAGCGGUACUUUUAACAUUUAUGUAAUGACUAAUGAGUAAACGUAUGUGUUAAUUUAGUUCGUAGGAUAAUGUUCAGAAAUUCGAUUUUCAUUAUUUAUAAAAUUUAAUCUUUAUUGCACAUGGCCUGAUUUCAAAUUUCGUUCGACUUAAUAAAAUUAUUUACAAUUAUAAUUAUUACAAUUUUACGUUUAAAACAAAAUAAUAUACCUAUUUAUUCUACAAUUCUACAUUUCUACAUUCUUAAUUUUUUUCUAUUUUCUAUUUAUAGAUCUAUUUUUUACAUUGAUUAAUAAUAUUUAAAACGUAUUAUUACUUACCGUAAUAGCCUUUGGAUUUGAAAUUAAACACGAAUAAUUUUGAAUUAUGAUUAUAAUAUUAAUUUAAAUAACCCAAAAAGACUUUCAAAGUACAAACAAGAUAAACAAUUUAACGAAUAACUUAAAUUUCAAAAAACAUUAAAUAUAGGUACAUAUGUUUGAAAUAUCUUUAACCAGCUUUUCCCUAAUCUUUUUUUUUUAUAUAAAAUUUAAAUUUUACACUUGAAUUACAUAAUUUAUAAUGAUACAAUCAAUCGUUUUAAAAUGUUUUUUAAACAUUCAUUUUUUUAAAAUAUUUUUCCAUUGUUUUGAAUGUUUUAAUUAAAUUGUGUAUUAUAAAUUAUAAUUAUAAUCAAUAAUCAUAUAUGUUUAUAUUAUCAGUGAUAAUAAUAAAUCUAACGGUUCAAAAAAAAUCGUGCAAAUGCAACAACUUCCGAGCCCUAUUUAUGACGUUUAAAAUAUAAAAUAAUAUAAUAGGUACAAAGUUUAAAGUAAGUGAAGUUAGAUGAAUGAUUCUCAAAGCUCGUAGGCUCUAUUUUCUAUUAUUUAAAAUGUUAGGUUUAUUUUUCCAAUUUUCCCGAAAAUUAUUUUUGAAAAACGGUUAUUUUGAUAUAUUUCUGAUUUGUGUUUUAUUUCUUUUUAAUUAAAUUUGAAUUGUUGUUAAGAAAUUAGAAAAAAAAUAUUUUUUUUUAAAUACAAAAUACUAUAAGUUUAAUUCUCAAACGAAUGAUAAGAUAUGUGUACAAUAUGGACUGUGUUCAAGAAAAACGUUUUCCGAAAAAUAAAUGAAAUAACACUAAUUAUUUUAAAUAUAGCUUCUGAGCUCUACUCUAUAGAUAAUACAAUAAUAACGAUGUCAAAAACAUACUUAUCCAUUUAAACAUCGAUUAAAAUUAAUGUGCGAUAUGUUUUUUAAACGUACUUUAACGACUUUUCACUUUAAAAAAUUCUGAAUGCGAUAUAAUUAUAGACAUAAGCAAGUACCUAAUAUUUUUUUUCAGAUUUCUCUUUUCUUAUUCAUCGAAAAAUGCAAUUUUCUUUAGACUUAAUUGUUUUAAUAAAAAAAUUAUAUGUUAUCGUUAUACAUUAUGUACUAAAAUUUAAUUUGUUUUUUUAUUCUAUUUACAAAUAAAACUGCCGAUGUCAUAAUAAAUUUCAUAUAAUCGCAAAUCCAUAAUCCAAAUAAUAUAAUAAUAUGUUCGCUCCUAUAAAAUAAAUCACUAGAAACUACAACUAUAAAAUAAAAAUUGUUGUGGACACAGAAAACUAAUGACAUCACGAAAUGUUUCAUUUAAAAUAACUGUCUGCAACUGUUCAUUUAUUUGAUAAAUUAUAAAUGUAAUUAUUGUUAUAAAGAUUUCGUGUGCCUAAAUAAAAUCUAUCCCUUUCGUCGAUUUCCGAUUUAAAAAUAUAAAUGUGUCUCUACCCAAACGGUACAUAAUACUUUUGUAUAUUUUGUGUAAAAUAUAUUAUUUUUUGAUUAUAUGUACGAUUAAUAUUUUAAAAUACUAAUAUUUAUUUAUUUUUAGCAUAAAUAAUUCCAAAUAAUAAAUUUAAAU